AGAAUUUAUUUAUUAUUAUUUCAGAUUUUUAACGUAACGUUAGCCUAUACAACUUAGCUCACUAUGUUUUUAAACACAAAAUGUGGAAAAGUGAAUAGCAGAUGCUCUGCAUAAAAUAAAUGUAAUACCUAUUACCUAUAAAAAAACUGAGUCUUGAGAAAAGAAAUCAGUCUUGUCAGAAGUUAAAUGUCAUAGCCUCCGGUGUUUUGCUUAGCGCAUGAGAGAGAGAGAGAGAGAGAGAGAGAGAGAGAGAGAGAGAGAGAGAGAGAGAGAGAGAGAGAGAGAGAGAGAGAGAGAGAGAGAGAGAGAGAGAGUUUGAGACUCGCUGUGGGCUCCGUUGUACACUUCUAAUGUUCAGCUCCUAUGAUGACCACGGAACACACAUCACGUUGGAGUGCUGCGCGUGGGAUUUGCUUGAGCUGGCUGCACGGACGCUUUUAUCCUGAUUAAGUAACGGUCGGGCAAACGACAGACAGCCCUUACAGCACCUCAGCCGGCAUUGAGCAAGAAGUCAAGGACAAUCCAACGAUAAAGGGACAGGACGCUUGCUGACUGUUUAUUUAGAAGUGCAGUCGAACAGAAACGAAAUAUCUCCUUCCUGGAAAAGAGCUCGUGCUGAAUCACACAGCACCGCAAUGCGAAUGUCGAGCGAAGAGCCGCUUAAGCCAGCACAACUGCACUUAACAUGGGCGAAAAUAGAGGAAUUAACCGCCACACAAACAGCUGAAUCGCGAGAAAUGUUCUCGGUUCCCCUUCUAAAGUAAAGCACCGCAGUGAGACAGCGCGAUAUGGAUGUUUUCGACACCAUCUAAUAAUAUACAAGCGGUGCAUCUAUGAGACAGCACGCGGUAAUCUAACCGAUGAAUUAUGCACGGCGGAGCAUGAAGUAUACCGAGGGGUGACGCUCGGUUUCAGAGACCGGCCGGUGCGCCGCUAGCUCUGUCCCACAUGACCUACUUUCAAAAAGCUUUAAUGCAGGAGAGAUGCAGCCGCAGUGAGAAACAAACGAGACCCGUCAGCACUGAAAAACAAGCUCACUGCUUGCUCACAUGUGUGACCGAAGUCGUGUGGACCUCAGGUGACAUGAUCGUCACGGCCGGAUCGUUAACUUGCAAGACUUGAUCGAGAGCCAUCACCUCAGCUAUUGUUGUUUUUAAAUGAUUAUAUCACGCUGAUAAUAUUCAGGACUUGAACUAACGGGAAAAAAGGGACCCUGGAGCCAUUGACCUUUGCACUUGAAACAGCAUCGGAUUAUUUAUUUAUGCUGAGACCACUGACAAUUUCAAUACAUGCUGUUUGGAUUUAUAUUGAGCCUUGGGAUUUUUUUCUUAGCCAAGCUAAGAUCUGCACAAUUGUGUCUCUGUGAUGUCAUACAGUUUGAUAGUGAAAGGGUAAGCAUAAGCAAUACUAGUUAUUUAAUGACUACCUGCAAUAGUGUAGUGCUAGCUAUAGGCUACAUGUAAGCUCAGGAGAUGUUUUUUAUUUUUAAUUAUUGAAUUUAUUUUUCGGUCCAAACAUGUGGUCAUUGCCCUUAGUACGUCACACUGACGUUCCACAGAGAGUGACUGAAAACUUCAUUUUGUCUGGUUAUCGCUUCCCUAACUACAGCCUCAGGCAGUGCCUAGCCUCCGCUUUUUGUCCCACCAAUGAGACUGGAAACUUCUGGACACACUUUCUCCCCAUCUUUGUGUUCGCCUUCCACUUUUUGGAGGUGUUCACGUGGGAAGGAGCGCCAGAACCUAGCAGUCCUUUUUUCUACCCCUUCUGGAACUACUUCCUGGGGGUGUUGUACCUGCUGCUAGCCAGCAGUCUGGCUCAUCUUCUCAACUCCAUGUCACUCAUCAUUCGUGAAAUCUGUUUCUUCGUAGACUACGGAACUAUCAGUGCGUAUACGGUGGGUUCCUCGCUGGCAUAUUACUACUACAUCCAUCCUCAAGCAGGAAUACCAGAAAUUGGAUUCGGGGUUCAGAACAAUUCCCAAAGGGAGAGAUUGAACACUGAUGAAGAGGCUUGGAACUCUGCAUCUUCUCCCACUCUGUUCCAGCUAUUCUUUGAAAGCCUGUACAUCCCAUCCACCUGUCUGGUUGCUAUCAUAUGCGUUGUCACCUGCUGCAACACCAGACAGCGCUGGCGGAAGUACCGAUAUGCUGUCCGCACCCUCGUCUUCCUCCUUCCGUUUUUCAUCUCCUCCGCUCCCGUCUUCUACCGACUCCUGAGUCCCUCCGCAAACGCCGCGUCAUCCUCCUCCCCUCAUGUGAUUUCUACCAUGGCUGCCUUCUUCUACCGCCACUGCUUUUGGCUGGUGGUAUCUGCCAUCUUCAAUAUCAGUAAAAUCCCAGAACGUUUGUCUCCGGGGAACUUUGAUAUCUGGGGUCACAGUCAUCAGUGGUUUCAUUGCUGCACUUUCCUCUCGAUUUUGGAUGAGCUGCAGAUGAUCAAAGUGGAGGUGCGGGCCCUGCUUCUCAACCCAGCGUUGGUACUAUCAUCUGUAAUGCCACCUAGACUCCCUGGCCCCACAUUCUGGUCCACCUAUGGGGUCAUGGUGAUCCUGCAGGGGUGCAUAGCGAGCAUCAUAGCCUUGUUUGGCUGGCAGGCAUAUCAGAUCUUCGCACCAGAGCAAAAAAAGCUUAAGGGACAUUAGGAGGCUCCAUGACGUUCUGGUCGGGUUUAAAGCUCUCUGUAUGCGUUUGGACUUUUUUUAAAACAAUGUUAUUACAAUGUUGAUUUCUGCUGUGUAAACUGCUGUCAUUUCAAUCAUAAUGAAGGGUUAGCUCACCCAAAAUGAAAAUUCUGUUGGUAAUUACUCACCUUCAUGUCAUUCCUAACUCUUAAGACUUUCGUUCAUCUUCAGAACACAAUUCUGAGCGCUUUCUGUGCCUCCAUUGACAGAGUACGCAUCUACCACUUUCAAGCCUUGGAAAGGUAGUAAAGACAUAGAAGAAAUCCAGUGGUUUAACCUCAGUUUUAUGAAGCCACACAAGUGCAUUUGUUGCGCAAAAAACCUCAUAAUUUACCACCUAAUUUACUAAAUAUUAAUCUCCAUCAUACGUUCACAAGAGCACCAUGUGUGUUGUGUGCAUGCGAGAGCAGACAUUGUUACUUUAAUGAUGUCUUUACUACCUUUCUGGGGCUUGAAAUGUCAAUGAAGUGACAGAAAGCUCUCGGAUUUCAUUAAAACGAUCUUAAGGGCUUACGGGUUUGGAACGACAUGAGGGUAAUUAAUGGUAGAAAUUUAAUUUUUGGGUGAACUAGCCUUUUAAAAGGGAUAGCUCACCCAUUCAUGAAAAUUGUGUCAUAAUUUACUGACCCUUGUGUUGUUCCAAAACUCACAUAGUUUUCUUUCCUUUGCAAAGCACAAUAAAUAUAACAUUUUUUUUUAUAAAAUUUUCAAACUGCAAAUAGGGCAUCAAGUUAGCAUGAAAUUUUUGCAUAUGAUUACUAAUAUAUUCCAAGUCUUCUUCUCUUCGUAUGAUGAAGAUAUCAAAUUGUAAGCCUGUAAGUCAUUGGCCAGUGGUCCAACAUAUUUUAAAACAGUCAAAACAUUCUUCAAAAUAUCUCAGUUUGUUCCGCAGAACAACGAAAGAAGUUAAUGAUGACAGAAUUAACAUUUUUGGGUGAACCCCUUUAAGUUAAAGUUCUCAAUAGGCAUUAUUUGACGAAAACUGUGACACUUUUACCAGGUUUCAUUGUAAAGACUUUUCGAGGGAGGCUGGUUUUUUUUCUUUCUUUUUUGUCGUGUGGUCAAAGUACUUGCCGCUCUGUAAUCAGCUGACUCUGCCACAUUUGCUCCCCAGGGACUGUACUGUUGAAACUAUGUUUGGGUUCUAGAAUGUUCUCAUAAGUCGGGGUUUAAAACGACGCAUUAUUGAGCUUUUACUAGGACACCUUACAUUGCAACAGUCUUCACAAUUGAAAUUCUCUAUGUCCGUGUUUGUCUAUCUCGCUUUUUCUCUCAUCCGCCCUCUUACAUUUCCUCCCUCUUUUUAACAAACCCUUUAAACAGGAAAUGCAGACAAACAUGCAUAGCAUGAGCCAAAGUGUUUGAGGCUAGAGAAAUGAGAGGGGUGUGGUUUCACGUUGCUUUACACCACAAACGACACAACCUUUCACAGUUUUAAAUGAGCGUUAUUUUUUACUUUAUAUUAUCAUUACUAUCAGUUAUAGACCUUAAUUAAGAUGUGACAGCAUAGGUAAUAACACAAUAUUUCAGUUGAAAUACUGUAUACUGUAACUAUGCAUUGCUAUUGAUUGUAUACACUUCUCAAUGACUUGACGUUUGGUUGAAGGCCUUGGCGGGAGGACUGAAAGGUGAAAAAUUAAGCCAUAUAUCAUUAUUGAAAAACAUAUCAGCAAGUACUGUUUUUACUGGAGGCCAGUUUUGAAGACACAAUGUUGUCUGUGGUAGAUAUUAUCAUUAUUAACUUCAGUUAUACAGCCUUGAGUUGUCUUGUCACUGGUUGAAUUUUCCUCAAACCAAUCAGAUGCUUUGAGUAAGUGGUGCUCUUAUGAGAGUGUGUGAAAUGUACAGGUUAUUUAGUCUGAGAGUAUGGUGUGGUCUAACAAUAUUUGUGAAUUUCCGUCGGAACAUGUCUUUCUGUGUCUGUGAACGACAAAUUGAGGUCGUUGAUGAAUCAGACGUUGUGUGGCUGUCAAAAACAAUGUCAUGUCUUUGUUGUUCUGUCCUCAUAUUUCAAAGUCAGGCAGGCCGAGUAGUUGCAAUAGGUGUGAGGAGAUAUUCUAGCAUCUCUUCAAUCUUCUGUAUUUUGUCAUUCAUUAAUAAGCCUCAUACUUCAUACUAUUUGUAUUUUCUGACGAGAGACCAUUUAUUGAUUGCACUUUGUUGCACAAGCAUAGAAUUCAAAUCUAGACAGAUUAUAUGAUUUGCACAAACGUUUCUGCGCUAAUCUGUGAUCUUGAAAGGGAACCAAUGUACAUUUUUAUCAUGUUUUAACAUUGAGCAGGGCUGUCUACAAAUGGAUAACUUUUUAAAAUCGGAAAGUUACAGCAAUUUUGACAGAGCAUUGUUGGACCGUCCACAUCAUGCAGUUCUGACAUAUUGCUGUCCUUUUGUGAACACCGGUAUAUGUAGUUAUACAAAUGUACAGACUAGACCUUAUCAAAUAUAUUUGCUCUGGAGAAAACACCAAAAUAUGAAUAUUUAAUAAGUGUGUGUUUAAAACAGGUUGUUUAGAAAUUCUAGUUCUAGUUCGUCUAGAGCAGUUGUAGUUCUCAGGGGAGAAGAUAGAUUAUAUUCUUAAUGCACUGGAAACUACUGUAUGCUGUCUGCCCACUGCUGGAGUGUGAAUAAAACCAUGGUUUACUUCUGUAGAUCAUGCUAAUAUAGGCUUAAAUACGAAACUUGACAAUACUAGUGUAUAUUAAUAUAUAUAUAUGGUUUUUGUUCUGUUUCAACUUCAAACUGUAUCAAGAGAUGAAAACUAGAGAUCAAUAAAUUGAAAUGAUAAAUCA